GAGCCAGUUUCCUAUCUCCUUGCUAGUCCAUGGGGUGCUUGAAAGAAGCAAGAGGUAACCUAUCCAAUGCAGCUGCAAUCUUUAGGAAGACCACCCCUUCCCAAUUAGUAGUGUGGUGUAGGGGUAAGCCAAAACACUUUUCAAGUCUAAUUGCUGGUGGGUGGGAGAGUGUGCAUGUGUGAUGUCCACAACAAUUUCUCCAGGUUGCAAAUGUGACUAUGGACCAGAAAAGCUGGUGAUCCUUGCACUAGGUCAGGCAUCCCCAACCUUCGGCCCUCCAGAUGUUUUGGACUACAGUUCCCAUCAUCCCUGACCACUGGUCCUGUUAGCUAGGGAUCAUGGGAGUUGUAAGCCAAAACAUCUGGAGGGCCGCAGGUUGGGGAUGCCUGCAGUGGUACUAUAAAGUAAGUAAUGUAGGUAAGUAAAGUACGGUAGUCAUACUGGGAUAACUCAGUUGGUAGAACAGGAGACUCUUACUGUCAGGGUCAUGGGUUCGAGCCCCACGUUGGCCUAAUGAUUCCUGCAUUGCAGGGAGCUGGACUAGAUGACUCUUGUGGCCCUUCCAACUCUGCAGUUCGAUGGGUCUAUGAAAAUGUUUCUUCCUACUUCAUUUACCCAGGGAGUACAAAUUCAUGAUCUUAAAAAGACAGUAAAAAGUUGUUAACAUAUAUCAUACAAGCAUAUCGGUGAAAGACUUCAAAAAUCUAGCUUCAGGCAGGAAAUAAGGCCAUCCACUUAGCAGUCUUCUGCAGAAUAAUCUAUAUGGGAUCUAAGCCACAGUCUAAAAGUGGAGGUGGUGGUGGUGAUGGUGGAGAAUCGGUGAACUCAAAAUGUUGCCUGCACAAUCAAGAGAUACAAAUAACUCAAGCAAGUGAGCCAAGUCACCUGCCAUGGUGGAAAACAAGCAGCAAAAAGUCUGAAAAACAAAACAAUGCACCCUUCCGUUACUGAGGAAAGCGUGUUCUACUUGUGCAGAGCCAAGAUAACUAAUGUAAAGCUUUAAUUCUAUUGUAAUAGUUAAGCUGCUGCAUGGGGGGAAUGCUUGCUUUUAGGUAAAAAGUCUAGCUUAAUAACAGUUCUGCUUUAUUUUUCAUUGUUUCCAAAAGGAAGGAAAUAAAACGUUCCAAUAAUUGGUGUCCUCUCGUCUGAUUUCAUAGCUUAAACUUUCACAGCAAGUUGAUGUUGAUGUUGCAGUGUGGAUAACCGAUGACGCUGAAAGUUAGGCUACGGGAUUGUUCCCUGUGCUGUGAUUUGUAGUUAAAAUCAAUUUUUAGUGUUACAAUAGUCAGCAGGACACCUGUGUAGCUUUUCCUUUUCCUGACUUGAAUAGGUUGGAUUUAAUGAAGUUGAGUGCGCUGGUAAAAGUUUUCUAGAGUUUGGCAUUUAUUUUAUUAGCUGUUUGUAACUCACUCACAAAUGUGGCCGUUUUUAGUCAUCCGUGGGCUCAUUAACAUUUAGAGCUGAUCAUUAAUUAAUUAACCCAAUGACAUAAUUUCUUUAUAAUGCAUUUUUCUCCAACCCUAAGCUAAGAUUCCCUAAAAGUCAAACUCUUUUGAAGUUGCCCAGGUUACUGUAUUUUGCCCUCAACUUUUCUUUUCUUUCAAUGCCCCAUUAACAAAAGCACAUGAUGGGUGGUACAUGAGGGUCAGGGGGUGUGUUUGGAGUGACAUCAACUGAGACAAUAAAAGAGCUCCUUAGUUACUUAGAAGUCUUCUAGACCAAUUAAGCAGAUUUUAAAUCAACUUCUGCGGAAAACCUGCUUGAGAAACUUUGGUAAGAACUUUUUCUAUUUUCUUUUGAAAGCAAUUAUUUGUAGCAAAAUCAAAAUCGAUUGUUUCAUCCAUUAUUGGAAUGUCAACAGAGGCUUUUGACUGCCAGUCUAAAUUGUUUCUUUAACCAGCAGCUUCUGAAAUCUGUCAGGGAGACUUUUGCUAGAAUGGAAACCUAUUGACUAGUUCAAUAAUCAUGUAAAUCACGCGGAACUGUUUGGAUGAUAGUCAUAUAAAAUGUAACUAUAGGUAUUCUUAUGCCGCAGUAGUAAAAAAUAAUAUGCAUCACAGGUAUUGCUUUUAAAAAACACAUUGAAAACUUUAAAGUUAUUAGGCAUCUUACUGCUGUUUCUUUAUUCUUAGUAUAACUCUCAAAAUGUAAAGCUAGACUUGAAAUUGGGCUCAGAUAGUUUUCUUUCUGCUCCUUGCAUCAGCAGCAGUAAUACUGAUCAUUGCAGAGAUUUUCACAGCGCUCUGUCAGUGAAACAUCCAAUGAUCGUGAUGGGUUUAUGCCGGCAUGUAGCUUAAGCACCAGAUUUUCUGUGCCUAUAAACUUUAUGGAGCAAAACAAAAGGAAAUGUGAUUUCCUUUCCAUAAGGAAGGUAGAGAAAAGAAAGAGUUUGCUGCAAUUUAUCUAUGUCACAAUGAAUCUCUGAGUGAGGGGGAGUUUAUGGCAUAAGCAAGCCAGAAUCAGGUUAGAAACAAGCCUUUCUUUUGUCUGUGAUGCCAUUUUACAAGAAACAGGCAAGCUAAUAUCACUAGGCACAACCCAGUGCUAUUUUAUGGCCCAUUGAUUCAUCAACAUGCUUAAAUCUCUACUCUUAAAAUCAGUGGGACUUGACAGGGCUUAACCUUAGCUUAAUGGGAUCAAGGGACACAAUGCUAUUAAGAUCUAAAUUAACGCAAAUUGACAGAGAAUUUAGUCUGGGUAGAUAUAUGUAGAAUUCAGCAUGUGAUUUGUGUGGCUCUCCCAUCUUGAAUCUCCCUCCCUGGCUACCUGGACUGGAGUCUCAGUGUCGUCUCCUUCCAUGUACACUUAUCAUACACCAGGGAAUACGCCAAAAUUGAGUUAAGCAGGGGUGUAAUGUGUUGGUGCAAUAUAUAUAUUCUCUCACUCUUUGGUGAGAGAAUCCCAGCAGAGUAUUAAAGUCACAAAAUAUGCAGCAAAGUGAAGCAUGGAAAUAUAGGCUGUUAGAUCUUUAAAAUAUCCCUUUAAAGUUUAAAGUGAGUUUUAAAAUGCAUGGGCAUAGCCUGGGCAGGGCAAGAGGGGCCAUUGCCCUGGGCUCAUUUAUUUAUUUUUGGACGGCUCAUUUUGCUCCUUAUGCUGAGGAAAGUAUGCCGGACAGAUGAUCCUCAGGUGCAGAGCAAUCGUAUGUUUUAAGCGUCUCCGUGUACAGUCGUACCUUGGAAGUUGAACAAAAUCUGUUCCGGAAGUCCGUUCAACUUCUAAAAUGUUUGGAAACCAAGGUGCGGCUUCCGAUUGGCUGCAGGAAGCUUCUGCAGCCAAUCGGAAACCACACAAGCCACAUUGGACAUUCAGGUUCCAAAGAACAUUCGGAAACCGGAACACUUACUUCCAGGUUUGCGGUGUUCGGGAGCCAAAAUCUUUGAGUCGCAAGGUGUUCGUCAACCAAAGUAUAUGACUUUAAUCAUGCGGGUGUUUUCAACAGAAUCAGUAAAGUAUUGUGCAUUUUCAAGCCCUCGUGCUUGUUGCAUCAAGAUCCAUCAAGGGCAAGACCACUAAAAUCCUCUUCAUAUAUUUUUAAACAGGCAUUCCUGUGUAAAAAUAUCACUGUAACAAAAUAUUAUUUGAGUUGGGGUACAAUUCCAUUGCAUUCAGUCCCUGCUUGCGGGCUUCCUACUGGCUCCUGGUUGGCCACUGUGAGAAUGCUGGACUAGAUGGGCCACUGGUCUGAUCCAGCAGGCUCUUGUUAUGUUUGUGUGUUCAUUGCCCAUGCAGUAUUUUUCAUUUUAUAGAGGGUGGCUAAUGAAGCAAAGGGCACUCCCCUUAUAUGGCUGGCAUAUGAAUAUGAUGGAGAAUUAUUUUUACUGAACAAGUCUCAUAAUGGCUGGUUGCAAUACCUCAAGUAGCUGUAUGGAAUAGACAAAUCACAUUUAUUUUAAUAAACACCAAUGUUUUGUACUGUUCUCUUCAGUCUAAUCUGGCGGAAAUAUAAGGGAGAGAAACUAAUAGGCUUAGCCAAGGUGUUACAAAAAGUGUGUGGGGAAGUGAAGUUGUUCCCCAGUUUGGUCCUUUGUUCAAAUAAGAAAAAUACACUGCUGUUACACAGUCUUUUGCCUGAACAUCACCUUCUUGAAUGCUUUGAUAUUUAUGUAUAGCAUUCUAUUUAAUAUCUCAUAUUGUCUAACUCAAUCCAACCAUAUGAUAACUUUCUUUCAUCUCUUAUAGUUAUCAUGACUUCAAUCAGAGACAUGGCUAAAAGUGCAAUCAUUUUAUGGGCAGUCUGCUUCUUUGCCAACUCCGAUGGGAAAGCUGUGGUGUAAGUACAGUAUAUUGCUGAAUUUUUUUAGAAGGUGAAAGGAGUUAAUGAGCAACAUAUUCUAGACAUGAUGGGGUGGCAGCUGACUGCUGCUGCUUCUUGCUCUGAUCACCUCAGUAAAUUGCAUGAAUAUUUUUUUGUGAGUAAAAAUCCAUCAUGGGGACCACUAGAUGGACUGGAAUCCUGAUGAGGCCCCAUUUGGUUCCAAGGAAGAGUUCCUCUUGAUACAAAUAUAAAGGUGUAGAGGGGCCAAUCAGAAUUGGGGCCACAGGAGGGAGAAAAGAGUUGAAGUCCUGAAACAUCCUACCAGAGUGAUAAUCAGGAACCACCUCCCACCUGGAUGCCUUUUAACUCCAAAAAAUAAAAAUAAAAGUCAAGGAAUUGCUAAUUAUGUGAACUCAUGUCUACUUUGGCCCAUAGGUGCAGUUAAAGGUGUUAGCAAACUUUGCAGCCUGCGUGAAUUAGAUUCAAGCAAUUACUUAAAGUUUCUAGAGUACAAAAACUUUAUCCAUGCAGGAACUAUUCACAGGAUGAGUAGAGAUGAGAGAGGGGGGGACCAGACAUCCUGUCUCAACAAAGCUGGGAAGCAGGGGCGUCUUACCCAUAGAGGCUAGUGGUGCGGGGCGCCAGGGCGCCAAGUUCCGGAGGGCACCAGGGAAGAGGUGGAGGCUGGAUGUGGCACCUCCUGGCAUCAGCUUGCCACCCUAGCCCACCUCCGCCUCGCCCAGAGCCUCCGUCUGCCGUGGCCACCGCGGCACAAAGUGGCCAGCUGAGCCAGGAGGUGCCACGUCCAGGCCUCCGCCUCUUCCCUGCCGGAGGACCUGCCCUCCAGCCGCUGCCUGCCUCCUCCAGCCCCACCGGCAGCGCUGUCCUCCCGGAGGGAGCUUUGCACCACUGCGCUAGAUAUGCUUAAGAUGUCCCUGUGGGGAAGGACAAACAAAAUGGCUAGGCUUUUAGGGAUGGAAUUCACUUAGGCAGAGAGGCUUACAAGCAAGUGCUGGUUAGAUUGCUACACAAACAGUGGCACUGUGUGGUUUGAGGUAACAGAUGCAUUAAUUACAAACUUAAGCGAAGGAAAUUUAUUUGCUUUUCUCCAUCCAAAGUUUGGGCUGUUAAUGCUAUGUGGUUGUUUUAAAUCCCACCUUAUUUAUCUGUAUUACAGGAAGAGGUCAGUGAGUGAAAUGCAAAUGAUGCAUAAUUUGGGGGAACACCUGCAUUCUGCAAACAGGCAAAACUGGCUCCUUGAGAAACUGCAGACCGUGCACCAUGACCCCCAGGCCGAUGAAGCAGCAGAAGCAGUGGAUGUUAAGGCCCGUGAGGUCCGAAGCUGGAGAUUGCUCCCUGAUGACCUGCAGGCAAAGCUGCAAAAGAAAGCAGUGAAUUCUAACAAGAAUUAUAGAGAUGUCACCUUCAAAACAAGACUCCAGUGA